GCGAAACGAUGAGGUGACGCACAUCAAGAUCCAGAACACAGGGGAUUACUACGACUUGUACGGCGGGGAGAAGUUUGCCACCCUCGCCGAGCUGGUGCAGCACUACACUGAGCAGCAGGGGCUGCUGCGGGAGAAAAACAGCAACGUCAUCGAGCUGAAGUACCCCCUCAACUGCCAGGACCCCACCUCGGAGAGGUGGUACCAUGGGCACCUCACAGGCAAGGAGGCCGAGAAGCUCCUGACGGAGAAGGGGAAGCCGGGCAGCUUCCUGGUGCGGGAGAGCCAGAGCAAACCAGGAGACUUCGUGCUGUCGGUGCUGACAAAUGAAGACAAGAUGGAGAGCGGGGACCGGAAACCUCACGUCACCCACGUGAUGAUCCACUACCAGCCGGAUGGGAAGUACGAUGUAGGGGGAGGAGAGAGGUUUGACACACUCACGGACCUGGUGGAGCACUAUAAGAAAAACCCCAUGGUGGAGAAAUCAGGAGCUGUGGUUCACCUGAAGCAGCCGUUCAAUGCCACGCGCAUCAACGCGGCCAACAUUGAAAACCGCGUGAAGGAGCUGAACAAAAUGGCGGACCACAGCGAGAAGGCCAAGCAGGGCUUCUGGGAAGAGUUUGAGAUGCUGCAGCAGCAAGAGUGCAAGCUCCUGUACCCCAGGAAGGAGGGCCAGCGACCUGAGAAUAAGGCAAAGAAUCGCUACAAGAACAUCCUUCCCUUUGACACCACGCGGGUGGCGCUCCGAGACGUGGAUGAGAGCGUGCCCGGCUCGGACUACAUCAAUGCCAACUACAUCAAGAGCAUCCCUGAAGACGGAAGGAGCUCGGAGCACUGCAAGGUCUACAUAGCCACCCAGGGCUGCCUGCAGACGACGGUGAAUGACUUCUGGGCCAUGGUGUACCAGGAGAACAGCCAUGUCAUUGUCAUGACCACUAAGGAGGUGGAGCGGGGCAGGAACAAAUGCUUCCGCUAUUGGCCGGACAAGAGCUGCACCAAGGAGUACGGGAGCAUCUGUGUGCGCAACGUCAGCGAGCGGGAGGCGCAGGGCUACUACCUGCGGGAGCUGGAGAUCUCGCGGACGGACAGG